AUGACCUCCCCAGCUGCUCUCUCGCGCAAUGAGUCGCAAGCCUCCAGCCGCAGAAGCACUAGUCUUGGUUCUCGCCUGUUUCGCUCAAAGAGCGGCGAGGCCUUGGGUGAACGCAAGAGCUCGGCAGGCCGAAUGAAGAAGAAGAUGCAUGACACGGACGAGACCGCGAAGGUUGCUCAAUCUCCUCCUCGCCUUCCGAACUACAAUCCUCAACCACUAGGCAUCCAGUCGUUUGGCGGCGAGAACUACAGGCCUCGCGCGGCGUCCAAGGUGUCCACCAAUGGCGAUAUCCAUGCACCCCCGGUCCCUCCUUUGCCUGCACACAUGGAGAAAGAGGCUGUCGACCCAUAUGCUCGUACGGAAAGCAUGACCCAUCGUGGUCGAUAUUCGUACGCAACCUCGGUCGUCUCUACCAUCAAUUCUCCUCGAAGAGUCCGCCGCCGUAAAGAUCCCACUCCAUAUAAUGUCCUCAUCAUCGGUGCUCGGGGGGCGGGCAAGACGUCUUUCCUCAACUUUCUGAAGAGCUCAUUGGCUCUGCCAUCCAAAAAGCAACCGACUCGGGCGCCUGAUGUUGACACACCUCCGUCGUCAGCAAGGCCCAAUCCCAGUUUCACCCACCACUACCAAGAGAUCGAUGUCGAUGGGGAAAGGAUAGGUCUGACGCUGUGGGACUCUCUUGGGCUGGACAAAAGUGUGGUAGACCUCCAACUGCGAGACAUGAGCAAUUUCGUGGAAAGCAAGUUUGACGACACUUUCAUUGAAGAGAUGAAAGUUGUUCGUGCCCCAGGAGUCAGAGACACCCAUAUCCACUGCGUUUUCUUCAUUCUUGAUCCAGCAAAGCUCGAUGCAAAUAUCAAUGCCGCACAAGGCAUCACGACUGGGACGGAAACCAGCCGGAUUGGAAAACCACCUCGAAUUGUUGGUGCUCUUGACGAGGACUUUGAUAUUCAAGUCAUCAGGACUCUAGGCAACAAAACUACCGUCAUACCCGUCAUCAGUAAAGCAGACACGAUAACAACAGCCCAUAUGUCGUUCCUCAAGCAAAAGGUCAGCAGAAGCCUGAAGAAGGCGGGGCUUGAUCCACUCGAAGCUCUCAACUUCGAUGCUGCAGAUUCGGACGACGACCGUCUCGAUGAGCGGGAUGAGGAUGAAGAUAGCAGCAACGCAGACUCAGAAGAAGCCACUUCAGCCAGGAGUGAUGACUCAGAAGGCAUUCGGAACUUUUCCAGAAAACGAUCAGGAAUCCACAACCGUCAAGUCUCUGGUGAAGACGCCGCUCUGGAUGGUGGCUAUGUCCCUUGGUCCAUUCUCAGCCCGGACAAAUACUCUCUGGAGUCAAAAGAUGGCCCUGUCGGUCGGCAAUUCCCCUGGGGAUUCGCUGAUCCGUAUAAUCCGGUCCAUUGCGACUUUGUCAAACUGAAGGAUGCCGUGUUUGGUGAAUGGCGGUCCGAGCUGCGGGAGGCAAGCCGGGAAGUGGUGAGUGUUGAUUUCCUCGUGCUUGUCGGGUCAUGGAUCCCUUUCUAA